AUGGCGAAGUCCAACGUAGUGCAGAAGAGAAGAAGAGCACAAAUAGCAGAGAGCAAGAGAGCAAUACACGGAGACCCAUUAACUAAGAAGCUUAAGAACAAAACCCAGCCCCUCACUCUCUCUGGCAUGCGCAAGCGCAAGCUCUUAAAAAAAUGGCGCAGAGAGCAGAAGGAAGCUGUAGAUAAGGGUUUGGUCACCAUGCAAGAUGUCGAGAUGGCUUUUGCUCCAGGAGAGGUUACAACCAAAGAUGCCAAAAGAACACCUACUAGAUUUCACAUGAACAAAGGCAAGAAGCUUAAGCGACUGAAGCGCAUAUGUAAGAACAAGACAAAGCCUGAAGUUUUGGUGGAUGUCAUGGUAGAUGACACAUACGAGGCAGGGCGUGGUAUGGCAAUAACUGAUCUGUUUCCUGGAGGACACAAUUGUACAGACUAA